GGCCGGGGAAGAUGGCGAUGGUGUAUUUUGGUCGUUGUGUGAGGAACUAUCGGCACCGGGAUUCGGAGGACUGGGCGAAGAAAGUGAUUGUUGGCGACGGCCGAAGACGCGACUGGAAUCCGGAGAAUGAACCUUUGGCGGCUGGUGUUGGGCAACGGCCCAUUGGCCGUUCGGAAAUUAACCGCUGGCCCGAGCCGCCUCCUGCAGUGGCACUGAGGCCGAGUGCCCAGAGCGGGUACCUGGAGCCGGGGCUGUCGCUGUCUCCCAACAGGUACCAUCCCCGUUGGGGGGCAGCAGAGGAGCGGGGCCUCCUCUCACUAGCCCUCACUGUGCCACAAUUAUAUAGCACACAGCAAACAUCUGACCAUGUCUCUCCAGGCAAACAAUCCCCAUCAGUGGCUGGGAGCAUGACAUUUCUAUUGGAUAGUGAGCCCUGCUCUGGGGCCAGAGCACUCACUAACACUGAGCUAUACAAGAUGCACGUUAAAGGGCUUGCGAGCAUUGGGAGUUGUUUAUCCUGUCGAACCUUGUUCUCUCAUAGGAGGAACGACAGUUGCCAUCAUGGGUUUUGGAGUUUCCGGACUUUUAAAUGGCUAAUCGUCACAAAUACCCAUGCAUCGCCCCAGAAUGGUAACAGAUACUGGCAUUCUGUCACUAAAGUACAGCAUCAUUGCAGAACCUAUAGCUAUUUUAAAGAUGGCAACAGGUAUUCCAACAGAAAUAAUGCUAUCCCACUUUAUCAGAGCAAGACAGCAUACUAUGAUAUUUUGAAAAUCUCUCCCAAUGCCACCCAGAGUCAGAUCAAAUCCGCUUAUUACAAGCAGUCACUACUUUACCACCCAGACAGAAAUGCAGGCAGUGAGGAAGCAGCAUUAAGGUUCACUCAAAUCAAUGAGGCAUAUUCUGUGCUGGGCACUGUGAGCCUGAGGAAGAAGUAUGAUCGAGGGAUUCUGACUCCAGCUGAUUUACAUAGUGGGAAGAAACCUUUGGAGAAAGCCCAAGCCUCAAAGACAAAACAUUCGCAGGCCUGGAGAUCAUCAGAUAAUUUGGACACUAGGAAAUCAAUGUUCAAUUUUGAUGAGUUCUACAGGGCCCACUAUGGGGAGCAAUUAGCCAGGGAGCAGACCCUGCGCUGGAGAAGGAUGCAGCUGCAUAAAAACAGGGAAAGUGGAGAGAAAAAAUGGCAUUUUCACAGACUAAUCGAGGUUGCAGUGACUGCUAUGCUUAUGGCAGGGUUUUACUUGUUGUUCAAUAUCAAAAACAAAUAAAAGAAUAUGAUGCUCCCUCAAGGAGCUAAGACUUGAAUUUCAUUGUAACUUCAUGGGUGUCCAGUGCUAUUUUGACACUCUGGAUAAUGUGGUCAAACAAAUAUGGGCAAAUUAUAGUAGCAAGAGUUUGUGAAAUAGUUGCAGUAGCUGCAACAUUUUUCCAAUUUUAGCCUACCAUUAUUGUCAGCCAUAAGGAAGCUUUACUGCUGCAGUCGCAUUACUGUUUAAAAGUAAAACAACUGGAAAUUUGAAAUAAAAAUAGAAAAUGCUAGAAAUAUGGAGUAGGUCAGUCAACAUGUGUUUAGAGAAAAGUCAAGAUUCAGAACCUCAUAACCACUCCACUUAGUACAGACACUGACUGACCUGUUGUGUAUUUCCAGCAUUUCCCGUUCUUAUAAAAUGUUCUCUCUUGUUUCUGGCUCUAUGAUUGAUCACACAUUUGAGAGUCAAUUUUAGCCUGCACUGUAUGCUUGCUGAAUCUUAUGCUCUGUAGUUUGAAAAUAGCUGAUGUCUGCAUUGAGGCAGUAGAUAAUAUUGCACCCUGAAAUGAUUUUAAAAGAUAGAAUCUUUUCACAUCAGAUGAUGCUAGUAACUGCAGGAUUAGGCUGCAUUUAUACUGCAAGUGUAGCAACAGUGUAAAGCAGCUCACAUUAGGUUAUGGUGACAGUGUGGCGUCAGGCCUGGAGUAAGACUCAAUUCCAUAGUGCUCUUUUUCCACUUCUCUCAGGAUUCAGGUUUGACCAUGAUUCUGGAUUUGCACCAUAGCUUUACCAACAUUACAACGGUAGCGUAAAUACAGCUUCAGCUACCAUCUACUUCUAUGGUCUGUGCUGCCCAGAUCCUAACUCUCACCAAAUUUUAUUCACCCAUGUGCAUAUUGGCUCCUACUCCAGCAACUGCUCAAUUAAAAAAAAUAAUCCUUUUAUCAAAUCCCUCCAUGGCUUUGCCCUUCCUAUUUCUGUAACCCACUUCAGCUCUCCAAGAUCUUUGCACUUCUCUAAUUCUGGUCUCUUGCACAUCUAUGAUCCCAUUGCACCACCAGUAACGCACAUACUUUCAGCUACCUAGGCCCUGAGCUUUGGAAUUCCUCCAUCUCCCCCUAUACUUUCUACCUCUCCUCCUUUUAAAAUACUCCUUAAAUCUCUUUGACCAAGUUUUUAGUAAACUGACCUAAUAUCUUAUGUGGCUUGAGGUCAAAUAUUAUAUAUUGUACCCAUAGGAUAGAGCCACAUUCCUCCUUACCUGCCUUUGCAACAUUCUCUGUACCUUGCCGAUGGUCAAUAUCACACUCGUGAAUCUAUUCCUGUAUUUCUACAUGGUAUGACUAUUUGCCUGGAGUAAACUAGCCAGACAGCUAUCCCCUUCUCUUGUGUUGCAAUGUCUCUAACUUGUGUUCUGCUGAAUAACUUUGAGGUAGAGUAACUCUAGGUAUUUCCCAAGAUGUGGUUGUCUAGGAUAAUCUGACUGUCGACAAAUUCCCGCAUUCAGUGUCCCAAAACACUGCAGUCUUGUGUACCCAGUGACUGCCAUCAUGUGCUGUAAGAGUAGGGUGUUGAAUUGCCUUUUUUGUUGGUGCUAAUAAUGGUGGAGUGGACUUCAACCUUUUGACUAAAGUGUAAAGCUCACCUGAGUACAUAUCACCAUUAUGUUAUCAGAUACAUCCCAUAGCAACACUUUCUGCAUCAGGCUUGUGUUAGAGAAUGAGAUAAUACAUUGCCUAUGGUUUUUGUAACAUUUGGUGAUAAACUAGUUGUAGUAAUGGAUAGAUCUAAAAUUAUUAUUUAGUGUUUUCCUAAUCUGACCUUGUGCCCUGUCUUGAAGAGGACAGAAUUUGCAAUUUUAGGAUUUGAUAAGUUAGAAUUACAAACAAUGUGGAUAAAGACGUUGAUAUGUUUCACAAUUGCACUGCAUCCCAAAACUCUCAGUCUGGGCUUUAAUGUGAAACACAAGGUACCAGAGAGCUGUAGUCUUUCUGGAAUCAUAUCCCAGUAAGACUUAGCAGAUUCAAGGGGGGAAAGAAACAAAUUUGAUUGGGUGGUGGAAAGUAAACCUCAACCAUCAUUUUCAGGGGUUAAACGAUAGCAUUUGUAACAGGAUGCAGCAAAUCAAAUUGAGAAGGGAGGAGAGUUUGAAGAGGGAGUGGAGGCUGAGAAGGAGAAGAUCCUUUUGGGGUAGGGAAUUUGGUAAGGCCAGCAAGAAUAUCCAGUUUAAAUGUCACCUUGGUCCUUUCACUGGAUUCUAGCUCUGUAUUUCACCCUGAUCUACCCACUAAACAGAUGUAUGCAGCAAAUGUUUACCCUGAUUCAUUCAGCCCUUUUUUUCUGCACCGGAUUUAAUUUACAAGUUUUCAGAUAGGCUGUUGUAUAUAGAGUGUGAUUACUGUGUCCAUAGAAAAUCCCCUUCCAAACUUAAUGUGUAUUGGGAGAAGUGAAGUAAACCUGCAGGGGAAUAUCAUUUUUAGUGCAAUAUAAAUAUUAUCAGGAGUUCCCAAACUGUAGUUUAUGUACCAUACGUAGCCACCACCGCCCCACCCAUCUCCCCAAACCAUUGCUAUCCAAUGUACAAAGUAAACUUGGCUUUAAUUGCUUGUAUUCUUUUCCUGGUUUGUCUGUUUGAAUUUUGUAGCCUGCCUGUUCAUGAUGCUGUUGCCUGAUUGGUGGAUAAAUCUUAAAUCAACCCUAAGAUCCAUUAUUGUCAGCAAUAUGGAUUACAUACAGAUCAAUGGAAACAUAGAUUUUUACUCUUUACAUUUGGUUCUUGACUCCUUACCUUUCCAGCUUACAAAUUUAAAUUGUAAGGACACUGAUAUAAAGUAAAACAUUGCCUUCCUACGGGAGUGUAGUUAUUUUAUACAAUAAGCGGGGUCCAAGGUAGAAUGCAUUUUCAAUAGCGGAAUCAUUGGCACUUUUUCGAUGAUAGUUUCACAUGCUGUAAAAUACAUUUUGGAAACUGCUAACAACCCAUCAUGAAUAUGAAAAUGUGAAGGACAAGGUACCAGAGGACUGUGGUUCUUCUAGAAUCAUAUCCCAGUAAGAUUUAACAGUUUCAAGAGAGGAAAGAAGCAGACUUGAUUGGGUGGGUAAUGGAAAGUAAACCUCAGCCAUCAUUGUCAGGAGUUAAACUAGCAUUAGUAAUAGGAUGCAGCAUCAUUAUGUCUCACUAAAAUUAAAUACUGGCGUUUCAGACACCAACAAAGGACAUGAAGUCUGUUAAAUACAAUUAAACAAAUACAGAUUUUGUCAGUGAGCAUUGGUUUACAGAUGUAUUGUGACUGACAUAAUUAUGUGAUAAGCGCCACUCAAUUUAUUUUCUGCAAGCUAUGUUUUUGGAUAUGGAUCCUCUAAAUAUCUAAAUUAUUCACGAUUUAAAAUGUAUAAUGCUAGGUGAGAUAAAUAGAGUUGUUAAUGUGCAGUGAGUAAGGGCCAAGGAAUAUCUGCUCUCUUGUCUGAGUGGAACAGAGUUAUAUCUCUGGUUAAGUAACAUUAUUAAUACAAAUGGAUUAAGCUGUGUCUUGGUAAACAAUGUAUAUUAAAUUAAAGUACAUGGAAUGUUAUACAUAACUUGAUUCUGAUUGCUUUGUAAGGUUGUGCUGGAGCUAGUGUGAGAUUUUAUAUUUAAUAUACAUCUACUUGUACCUUGAUGAGAUUAUUAGAAGGUGUAAUAUAUAAAAUAAAUCCUACUUGCCUCA